AUGAGUCUGGCACAAGCUGCUGCAUUAGCAGCUUUUAAAGGGAUGAAAGAUAAAGAAACCAAGGAUAAGUCACCCAAGAAAGACACAUUGAAGUCACCCAUACGUCAAACCCCCAAACAAAAUCAAAAACCAAAAAUUGAUGCAUUACCCAACAUUCCAAAAUCUCAUAAACGAACUACUUCAGUACAAUCGUUGAAAGUCAAAACAAGUCCUGUCAAAAAACCAAUCAGAAGCAUAUAUGAUGUCAAGGAUUUGAACUUAAAUGGAUCUCCUACACAAUUGAACAAUUCUGUAGCAAGUCUAGCAGCAUCAGCAUCAUUUACUCACAAACGAAACAUCUCCAUACAAUCUAAUGACAAAGUAUCCCAUAAUAACUUUACUACUCCUAUCCAAAAACAACAUUCAAGAACUUUAUCUCAAGUAAGUACUCCAGUUUCAACAAUCAGUGGAUCAGAAGAUACUGUACGACCAAGUAUUGAUUAUUUUUCAUUAUCCAAAGAUUCCCUUUAUGCCCCAGAAAUGAAGAAAUCUUCUUCCAAUCAUAGUAAUUUGAACAUCAGCCACGAAAGAGCUCAGGAAGCUUUAAACAAUGUCAAAUCAUCAAUUCAAGCUAAAUCCAUCGGGAAAGAUCCUUCAUUGAAGAGAAGAAGUGAUACAGCUCCUCAUGAUAUGUUAUCAAGAAUGAAACAGUCAAUUGCUGACAAAUCUUCAAAUGUGGGCAGCUCACCCAAGAGCAAGAAUGAUAUGAUUAAUGGGAUUAGAGAAAGUAUUGAACUGAAGAUGAUAACUACGUCAGUUAAUCAUUUCUAUGGAUUUGAUGAUUAUUCUGAUAAUAAUGAGCUGAACCAUUCUGAGUCAGAUAAUAAUUAUUACCACCCACCAAAUAUUUCUAACGGUUCAUAUACUUCAUUAGGAUCAUCCAUACUGUUUAUACUGGAUCAAAGUAACAACAGAAGCAAUAAUACUUCUCAAAGACAAAACAAUGAAGAUGAAAUGAUAUCAGUUAAAAGUAGCACUCCAGUGAGCGAGACUCCUGUUAGUGCCACCAGUAUCCCACCAGCUAUAUUUAUGACAGACUUUGAUGAAGGGUUCACCCAACCAGUUCAACCAACCAAAUCUUCAACAUCAAGGGGUUCAAAAUCAGGUUCAACUCCGGGGUCACCUAUUCUUAUUCCUUCUCUGGGAGCCAAUGCAAGGGAAGCAGCUCUUGGAAGUAAUGAAAAUGUCAAUCAUAUCAAUCCUCGAUUUAAAUUCCAAUCGUUCGACAGUACUAAAACCAUGUCUGAUGAAAGCAUCAAGUCUCAAUUGAAAAGAAAGCCUCCACCAAUCAUUGAUUCUGUCGACAAUUCAAGUCAUUUCAAUAGCAGGUCACUGUUCGAUUAUUCAGUUAUUAGCGAUAAUGAUGCUACAGAUUCAAGUAGUAGAUUACCUCAAUUUCCUGAUAUAGAAAAAAAACACAAUCAACAACAUUUACAUAAUCCGUUCAAGAAGAAAAAGAAACUCGAUUAUAUCGAUUUAUCUAAUUUGGAUAAUGACACUGAUCCUUUAUAUACAUCAUCGUCAUCAAGACCAACCACACCCAUGUUGACCCAUCAAAAUCAACCCGUUCAAUUGAAAACUACCAUGAGAAAAGCUAAGAGUUCCAAAAAGACUUUCAAUGAAGAAAAGCCAUGGAAAAAUCAUACUGAUCUUGUGUAUAUCACUGAACAGGAAAGGAAAAGGUACGAAGGGGUUUGGGUUAGUAACAAAGGAUUAUAUAUCAAUAAAGUAGUAACGAAAUUAAUUGGAGUUGAUUAUAAUGGUAAUAAUUCCAACGAAGAAGAUCACAAGAAAGAGGAAACUAAAAAGGAAGAUCCUUCAAUGCAAGCAGCAAAAUUAUCAUCUAGUCAACACGAUAACAUUGAAGAUUUUGAAAGUUUCCAUAGUUUGAAGAAAGUUGAUAUUGAUCAGUUGAUAGUUGGAUCUGUAGUUAAAAGACUUUGGAGUAGAAGUAAACUACCUAAUGAGACAUUAGAAAACAUUUGGGAUCUCGUAGAUUAUAGAAAAGAUGGAACUUUGAAUAAGGCAGAGUUUCUUGUAGGUAUGUGGAUGGUGGAUCAAUGUUUAUAUGGGAGAAAAUUACCCAAAAAGAUUGAUAAUGAAACAUGGUCGAGUCUUGAAAGUAUUGGAUUAAACAUCCAAGUGAAAAAGCGAGGUAAAAGGAGUGUUUAG